UAAACAAAAACGUUGCAUUUGUUUUUAUAGUGAAGAAGUAAAGAAGUGCUGAAUAAAAAUGUCUGAUUCCGUUGUUGCAGUAUCUGCGUCUCCCGUGACUCCCCAAACAGCCUCAGCUGAGAAGAAGGUAGCUGCUAAAAAGCCAGCAUCCGCAUCCGCAUCGAAGGCAAAGAAAACAACGGCUCCUCCAACACACCCACCAACUCAGCAGAUGGUGGACGCAUCGAUACAAAAUUUAAAGGAACGUGGUGGCUCAUCCCUUUUGGCUAUAAAGAAAUAUAUCAGUGCCACUUACAAGUGCGAUGCCCAAAAACUAGCCCCAUUCAUUAAGAAGUACCUGAAGAAUUCAGUUGCGAAUGGAAAGUUGAUUCAAACAAAGGGCAAGGGUGCAUCUGGUUCGUUUAAGUUGUCUGCAUCUUCCAAAAAGGAGCCUAAGCCUAAGGUGUCCUCUGUAGAGAAGAAAUCCAAGAAGGUAACUUCGUCGGCAGCAGCAGCUAAAAAGAAAACUAUAUCUGCUACCAAGAAACCAAAGGGUGUCGCUGAUAAGAAGUUGUCGAAGGCUGUGGUGACCAAAAAGAGUGUUGACAAGAAGAAAGCUGAAAAAGCGAAGGCCAAAGAUGCAAAGAAAGUUGGUACUAUUAAAGCCAAGCCCACAACAGCAAAGGCAAAGUCAAGCGCAGCAAAGCCAAAAACUCCCAAACCUAAGACCACCAGUGCUAAGCCUAAGAAGGUUGUCGCGGCUGCGUCGCCAAAAAAAGCUGCUGCCAAGAAGCCAAAGGCAAAAACUGCGUCUGCAACAAAGAAGUAAUUUCACAUCGAAAUAUACUCUUCAGACAGAGUAUGAACAAAUUUCAAAACUAUGAAAUUUGCUAUUAAACAAAGUCCUUU